GUUUUUUGGAAUCAAAACUGCAGAUACUAUCACACAAGCAUGCAAAGCACACCAGAAAUAUUCUCUGCCGCGAUGGAGGAGAAAUUUGGCGUGGAUCGUCCUGAGACUCACUCCGAUCGAUCUCAGGAUAGGCCUGGUGGUGUCCUUUCCAUCCCUUCCGAACUCAUACAUCACAUACUCAAAUACCUGGGGAAUAAGGACCUGGUGAACACGGCAAUCAUAUCCCAAAGCUUCCGGUUCAUUUCCCAGCGCGUGAUUUACAGGAACGUCGAACCUGCCGAGGACAUGAUCAUACCAUGCCUCAGAUGUUUUGCAUCGUACCCGCAUCUUGCAUCCUGUGCUCGUACUCUGAUCUUGGCUGAUGCUACUCGACAUUAUGACGUUUUCUUCAAUUACUUCAACCUGCUGCGUCGUGCCUUGCUAAACGCGUCUUCGCUCACCGAUCUUACAAUUCUCCUCGACGGCCCUUACGCAAAAUAUUUGCAUGGAUGUUCAUUUCGACUUCGUUCUCUCACUACAACACUCGACUGGGAUAAGGACUUCAUCAAAUUAAUUACAGAGCAGACGGAACUGCGCAAUGCCAUGUUCGGCGGAAAAUUCGUGAAUGACAUGGUUCUGCCUAGCGACACUCUCACAAAGCUUACAAGGGUCUCUGCAUCUCCUCUGGUACUGGCUGCAGUAGUUCCAAAUCGAAAAAUUAAGGAAGUGGAACUCUGUUUGCUGCAUCAAGCGCUUUUCAAAGACGAUAUCCUCAAUACUGCAUCGAACAUCCUUUCCUAUUCUACCGGCCCAUUGACCGCACUGCAGGUCAUCACCCGUCUAAGCGACACAACAAGUGCACUUGCAGCAUUCAAAGCGAUUGCAAAGAAUCUACCAAAACUGAAUUCGUUUGCCUUUUACUCGAGUGAUGGAGUAGUCUCGCAGGAACUUCUCGAAGCCUUUCCUGAAUUCCUCUCUGGCUUCGAAUGCCUCAGGUCGUUGACCCUGAUGUCGCGAAAUAAAGCCGAUGCACUACACGACACAACUUUGACGGCUACCCUCGCGUCAAGGUGGCACGCAUCAUGUCCCUCUUUGCAAAGCGUUUCACUCGCGGGAUCUAUAUGGCUGCAUAACACUCGGCAUGGUUGGGUGACGUUAGCAGAUCUUGAGCGUCUCCUGCGAGAACGUAAGUGGCUGCUUCUGUCCCGUCAGGAGUACUGGACAGGUGCGGAUCCAGGAACGAUUUCGCUGGAAGAGGUGAAGAACAACAUAGAUGAGGUCGAUGAAGAUACAGAGCAGGGAAAUCAGAUGGAGCGGCAGAUGAUCAUGCUUCGUGAUAGUAUCCUCCAGUUUGGUGGUCCUUGAUAGGCGAGAUCUCUUAUGCUACGUAUACGUUCUGACGGGACAUGCUGUAAUUGUAGGAUAACCAAUCAAGUCCAAGUGAGACUAAAGAGUACACGGGAUGCCAACAUACUGUGGAGGACAAGUUGUGGCAAGUCCAGCAUCUCGUUAUAUGAUUGC